AUGGAUACCGCGAAAUCGCUUGUCAAAUGCGUUGCGCGCGCGUUCUAUGAUACGAAGCAUAUUUUGGUCGUGGAUGCGCUCAUGAUACACAACGCAGUCCGCGACGAUGAGCUGGCGAGACUACUUGGCCUGCAGACAAAGGAUCUUCACAAGCUUUGCGGAAAGUUAAAAGAAGAUCGCAUGCUCAAUGUACAUACCCGUCCCGAGACCAAGGAGGGACAACAGCGCCCGGUGAACCGUACCUACUACUACGUUGAAUUUCGGGGGACAAUAGAUGCGUGCAAAUUUCGAAUGCAUGGCGUUGUGAAAGAGGUAGAGAAGAAAAUGAACAAGGAUGCCGACACAAAGGGAUAUGUGUGUCCGCGCUGUCAAAAGCGGUUCUCGGUACUCGAUGCAGUAUCACUGGAUAGGGACGAUGACGGGAUGUUUGUGUGCGACCGGUGCUCUACAGGAUUGGUAGACGAUGAUGAUAGUGUUGAAGUAAAGACGAGUCAGGAGCGCUUAGGGAGAUUGAUGGAACAGAUGAAGAAAAUCAUCGAGCUGUUGAAAAUGAUUGAUGAUGUGGUGGUCCCGGCAAACGACUUUGAUACUGCUAUUGCAAACUCCGUACCCGUACCCCGCGACAAGAACCAGCUCUCUUCGAUUCCGGCAAACAGUGGCAAAUCAACAUCAACUUCUCGUGCCAAUGCAACGACAUCUCUCGAGAUCAACAUUACCUCCACCUCCGACAAAACCGCCGCAGAGUUGGCGGCAGAGCAAGCCAAGAAGCAGAUGCAGGCCGAGAAGAACGCACUGCCGGUAUGGCAUACACAGUCUACAGUUGACCCUACAGCCAUUACUACGGCAGGUGCGAAAGAAGCCGCCGAAAAAGAGGCUAGGGCGCUGGACGGAAUUGGAAUUGCUGCAAAAUCAAGAGAAGAGGAGGAGAAGAAGGCGGCUGCAGCGGAAGGGGCGAAUGGGGUACAGGCAGAUGCAAUCGCGGAAUACUACGCUGCACUUGCCGCACAAAAGGCGAAAGAGGAAGCGGAAGAACAGGAAGAAGAAGACGAUGAUGACGAUGAUGAAGAGGAAGAAGACGCAUUCGAAGACGUCGUUAAUAGUAAUGCCGCAACCCCGCCAGUGGCAGCUGCCGCAGCUGUCCUCUCAAAGAAUGGGAAUGGAAAUGGGGGCACCAAGAGUGCAGACGAUUCGGAUGAUGAUUCUUCAACUGCGCCGGCGCAAAAGAAGCAAAAACUGGCAGAGCCAGAAGAGGAGGAGGAUGACUCAGAUGAGGAGGCAGAUUUCGAAGAUGUAUAG